CUUAACUUGUGACCUGUCAUCUGUCAACUUACUGCUGCGUUGAUGUGUGAUGUGAUAGUAUUAUGAUAAAAAACAAGGAAUAAUAAUAUCGAAGCACUAUCUCUUAUAUGAUUUGUAAAUUAAUGUGAAUUAAUAAUUUAUCUUAAAUAAUAAUCAGCACAAUGCCUUUUCUACGACUGUCUCGUAAAAUUAUAUGCGGUGUAAAAACCAUAAAUGUAACAAAAAGCUCGAGCUUUCUAAACAUUUCACGAAACCUAAUGUCAAAAAGCUUGUAUUAUUGUGAAUUUGGUGAUCCAAUACAGGUAGUUAAAUUCAGAGAAGUAGAAGUGCCACCACUUAAAAGUCAAGAAGUUCUAGUUCGAAUGCUAGCCGCUCCAGUCAACCCGGCAGAUAUAAAUACCAUUCAAGGAAAAUAUCCAGUAAAGAUUAAUCUACCUAUCAUACCUGGAAAUGAAGGCGUAGGUGUUGUAGAAAAUAUUGGUAAUGAAAUAUCAGAUAUUUGUCCUGGAGAUAGAGUCAUUAUCACUAAACCAACAAAGGGUACAUGGCGUAAUAUUGGUGUUUUUCCAAAAGAUGUUUUACGAGUAAUUCCAAAGGAAUUGGGAAUAGUUGAAGCUGCAACACUUACAGUUAAUCCUUGUACUGCAUAUAGAAUGCUAUCAGAUUUCAAGCCUGUCCGUGACGGCCUUGUUGUAAUACAAAACGGAGCUAACAGUGCUUGUGGCCAAAAUAUUAUCCAAAUUUGUAAAGCAUGGGGAGUGAAAAAUAUAAAUAUUGUCAGAAAUAGACCUGAAAUUAAUGAAUUGAAGAAAUACCUUGAGAGUUUAGGAGCUACAUAUGUACUUACUGAAGAAGAAUUACGUAAUACUAAUAUAUUUAAGGAAAACAAAGUAAAUAGACCAGCAUUAGCAUUAAAUUGUGUAGGUGGAAAAAGUGCAUUAGAAUUAACUAGGCAUUUGGAUAAAUCUGGUAUAAUGGUAACAUAUGGUGCAAUGUCUAGGGAACCAUUCAGCAUUCCAAAUGCUGCACUUAUUUUUAAGAAUAUUUCUUUUCAUGGAUUUUGGAUGACAGCAUGGAAUGAAAAAGCCUCUGCUGAUCAAAAAGAGAUCAUGAUGAAAGAUGUUAUAAGUUUAAUGUGUGAAAAAAAGUUAAAAGGCCCAAUUUAUAAAAUGGUAAAAUUUGAAGAAUAUAAAGAAGCUCUUGCGAAUGCACUGACAACACAAGGUUUUGCUGGCUGUAGAAAUCAUUGUCUGCCACAUUUACCUUGUGUACCUGGUGAUGAAGGUGUUGGUGAAGUUGUUGAAAUUGGUAAUAAAGUUUGCACUGUUGAUCCUGGUGAGCGUGUAGUUUUAACUUCAAGGGGUCUUGGAACCUGGCAAUAUUAUGGCAUAUAUCAUGAGCGAGACAUCCACGUUAUAUCCCCUAACAUCCCCCUUCCUGAAGCAUCCAUGUUGACUAUCGCUCCGUGUAUGGCUUAUAGAAUGCUAAAAGAUUUUAAAAAGAUUAAACCCGGUCAAACUGUUAUACAAAAUGCUGCCAAUAGUGCCUGUGGACAGAGUGUAAUACAGCUUUGUAAGGCUUGGGACAUUAAUACUUUCAAUAUUGUUGCAAAUCAUUGUAAUUAUCAAUCUGUAAAAGAACAUCUCUUGAGUAUUGGUGCAACAGCUGUACACACCCUUGAAGAGGCAGAAGAACUCACAACAUUUAAUACAUCAUUAUCUAGACCUGUACUAGCUUUGAACUGCCUAGGUGGUAGAUUUGAGGAUGUUAUGUUAAGACUUCUAGAGAACAGUGGUACCAUAAUAUACUAUGGAUCGGCUUUUGCUAUACCCAUUGCGAAACACAUUGUACGCAGUGACGUUUUCUUUAAUAGAUUUCAUCUUUCUGAAUGGGAUGCUUAUGCUGGUGUAAUUGAAAAAGAUGUAAUGAUGAAUAAUAUUAUUAAACUAAUAGUAAUUGGAAAAUUUAAAGCACCUUCUUAUCAACCAUUGGAACUUAAAAAUUAUGUUCAUGCAUUUAAAAAUACUGUUAAUUGUGAAGCAUUUUCCACUAACAGUUACGUAUUUGAUUUCACGUUAACAUAA